CGGAAGCGGAAGCGGUGAGCGGUGCUGGGGAGGCCCGGGCGGUGAGUGGGUCCCGGCGUGGCGGGUUCGGGGCCCCGCUGAGUCGGGCCCGGGGGUCCCGGGGGUCCCGGCACCUGCAGGCUGCGUGUCGGCGUUUGGUGAGCGGGUCAGGGCGGUGAGGGCUUGAAGUACCCGGCGAAGGGUCCGUUCCGUCGAGUCCCUGUGGUCGGCCGAUCAAGGUCCCGGUUUGCGGGGCUCUGUGAGCCCCAGUGCCCGCCGAGGGACUGGGCUUGGUGGGAUCCGUGCCUGUGCCCGGUGAGGGGCUGAGCUGUGCCAAGCCCCAGCGCUCGGCGAGGGCCCGGAGCCUCAUGAGGAGCCCGGUGUGGGGGUCUUUAACGAGCCCCGGUGGGGGAACCGGGAGGCUGUGCCCCGGAACCCAGUCAGAAGUCCCGGGCUGCCGGGCUGUGUGAGCCCCGCUGUCCGGUGAGGGUCCCGGUCCGGGGGUUCUGACCCACCCAGGGCCCGCUGAGGGGUCCGGAUGUGCUGGGUUCUGUGAGCCCCAGUGCCCGCUGAGGUUUCGGGGUGGUGGAGCCCCCGAUCCCCGCUCAAGCAGCUCAGUGUGGGGGACCCUGCCGGGCCCUGGAGCCUGGUGCCGGCCCCUGCCCAGCCAUCCCGGCUGUGACAGCUCCCCGUGCCCGCCCCGCCAUGCCGGCCCAGGGCCCCGCGGGGUCCCGCCGGCCGCUGCUGGCCCUGCUGGUCGCGCUGGGCUGGCUGCUGGCCCUGCAGCUGCUGCUGGACCUGCGGGCGCUGGGGCUGCUGUGCGGGGCGCUGGCCGUGCUCGGAGCCUGGCUGGGCCCCCCGGCCCUGGGUCCCCGCGGCCGCCGGCUGCGGCUGGAGCGCUUCGUGAGCUCCCUGCGCGCCCCCGCCUGCAGCCCUGCGGACGAGGGCCGGCUGGAGAAGGAGAUCGCCAGCACCGUCCGUAAGGUGGUGCGGGAUUUCGUGGCCUCCUGGUACCGCACGGUGAGCAGAGAGCCGGCCUUCGAGGCCGAGGUGGAGCGGGCCAUGCUGGGGCUGGCGGCGGAGCUGAGGCGGCGGAUGAGGAGGGUGGACCGGCGAGCCCUGGCCCGCCGCCUGCUCCUGCUCUGCGGGCAGCACCUGCAGAGCUUCCUGCGGGCACGGGAUGCCCUGAGGGCCGACCCCAAGGGGGGCCGGACGCUGUGGAGGGAGUACAGCCGGCUGGCAGGGCCGCACCCCGCUCUGCUGAGCCCCGCAGCCGAGGUGGGCUGUGCCCGGGCCGCUGUGGACACGCUGCUGCGGGCGCUGGUGCCCUGGCCGCACCUGGAGACACGAACGGGACGUUUUGUUGUGGUGGAGCUGGUGGCCUGCAAUGUGCUGCUGCCGGCCAUCAGGAAGAUGUCUGAUCCCGACUGGAUCAACCUGCUGCUCAUUGGGGCGUUUUCCAAGAAGCCUCGGGGUGGGAAGCCCCACCCUGCACCCCCAGUGCCCGACUCCUUGCCUUUCCCGGCGCAGACGGACGCAGCUCCUGCCGGGUUUCCCCCGUCCCCGAGGGUUGCGGAGGCGCUCAGGAGAGAGGCAGGGGCUGCUGGAGAGGAGGGAGAGGAGGUGAGCAGGUCAUGCCAUGCAGAGGAACCCUUCCUGCGCCCCCAAGCCCUGGGAUCGCUCUUCCCCUGUGAGGGUUUGGAGCUGGAAUCCCCUGCACCUGACGUGGGGCAGGACAUGGAGCUGCUGGCUCCCUCCCCCGCUGGAGAGCUCCUUGAUGAGCCCCCCCAGGACCCCUCUGUACCAGAGGGACCACUUGCCUCGGAAGAUGGCACAGGGGACCUGGACCAGGGCCCUGGCCCCAGCUCGGAUGUUGGCCUGCUUCCCACGUCUGCUUUGAGCUCCUGCCCUGACAUCCAGAUCGAGCCAGCGCUUGAGAAGGAGGAGGAAAGCCCAGCUGUCCCCAGGAGGUUCUCCUCACAAAGACCCUCCAGCCUGGGGAGAGAUCUGGGGGCAGCAGAGGGCCCAGCACAGUUUCCCCCAGAGCCUGGGCAGAGCCUGCCCCUGCUCUCAUCCUCCCCAACAGCUUCCAUGAGCACCUUCAGCUUCGAGCCCCUGAGCAGCCCUGAUGGGCCAGUCGUCAUCCAGAACCUGCGGAUAACCGGGACCAUCACGGCCAGGGAGCACAGCGGGACCGGCUUCCACCCCUACACCCUGUACACCGUCAAGUAUGAGACAGCCCUGGAGAGCGAGGCCGCGGGCAGCCUGCAGCAGGUGGCUUACCACACCGUGAACCGCCGCUACCGCGAGUUCCUCAACCUCCAGACCAGGCUGGAGGAGAAGCCGGAGCUCCGCAAGUUCCUGAAAAACAUCAAAGGCCCAAAGAAACUAUUCCCUGAUCUGCCAUUUGGAAACAUGGACAGUGAUAAAGUGGAAGCCAGGAAAAGCCUGCUGGAAUCUUUCCUGAAGCAAUUGUGUGCAGUCCCUGAGAUUGCAAACAGUGAGGAGGUGCAGGAAUUCCUGGCCCUCAACACCGACGCAAGAAUCGCCUUCGUCAAGAAGCCCUUUGUUGUCUCCAGGAUAGACAAGAUUGUUGUCAAUGCCAUCGUGGACACCUUGAAGACAGCGUUCCCCAGGUCAGAGCCCCAGAGCCCCACGGAGGAUCUGAGUGAGUCAGAAGUGGAUGGGAAAUCCCAGACAGACGGGAAGAAAGCGACCAAGUCCAGGCUGAGAUUCUCAUCCAGUAAAAUCACUCCAGUGCUGAGUGUGAGUGAAGCUCAGGACAGGAUCGUGUACUCCGUCAGGGAGGGCAGCGCUGUCUCUGGCAGCCUGUCACUGGCUGCUAUGGAAUCCUUCAUCCAGAAGCAGGAGAAGCUGCUGGAAGCAGCCCCCAGCAAAGCUCCUGAAGGCGAGGGAGGCAGAGAAGCCAAGGAAAUCUCUGUGCAGGAAGAAAUGGAUGGGCUGAGCACAGCAGAGCAGGGAGCACAUGUGGACACUGACUCUGACUCUGAGACAGCUUUGGCUGACCUGGCCCUGGACGUGCUUCGUCUGGUGCUGGUGGAUCACUGGAGCUGGCUGUGCACAGAGAACAUCCAGAAGGUCUUCAACCUGCUCUUUGGGACCCUUGUUCAAAGGUGGCUGGAAGUGCAGAUGGUCACCCUGACCUGCACCCAGCGCUGGGUCCAGUACCUCCAGUUGCUGCAGGAGUCCAUCUGGCCUGGAGGAGUUUUACCAGCAGUGCCUAAACCCCCCAGGACAGAGGAGCAGAAGAAGGCAACAGCAGAGCAGGCCCUGCAGAGCCUGAUGGGGAUCCUGCCCAAUGUGAUCCAAGAAAUCCUUGGGACCAGUAAGUGUCGGAUGAGCUGGAACCUGGUGCUGGAGUCUCUGAGCCAGCCUGUGAUAAACAGGCACCUGGUGUUCUGCCUCCUGGACAUUCUGCUGGAGUUCUUGGUUCUGAAGGAGCCUGAGGCUGCAGCUGCCACACCGUGUGCCUGCAGUGGCCUGGACAAAGGUGUCCCAGCACUUUAACCAGGGCUGGUGCCCCAGCAGUGGAGAAGUGCCACAGGCAUGGAGGGAUUGGAUUUUCAGCCUUUAUUGAACAUGCCUGGAAGCUUCUUGUAAGGAAUUUCUCCAGCCAGUGCUAAAUGAAGCUGCUUCCAGACUUCUCUGUUCCAGCUGGGUGGUGGAUCAAACCCAGAGUGAGGGGUCAAAGAUGUUGUGCAGCAUCUGUUCCAUUGCUGACCUGAUGGAGAGCCUGGAAUGAACCAGCCUAACCAGUUGGAGAAGGAUCCACAAACCCCAAGGGCCUUGUCCCACCCUUCUGAACAUCUCUCACAUCUACAGGCAGAGAAGGCAGGAGAUUUGCUUUUGUGCUGUGGGGUCCACCUGGCACUGAGAGAGUUGGUGUGAUGGGAUGUUGCUGAUGAAUGUUUCUGCAGGUGAAGGGAGGUGCAGUGCUGUCCCUGCUGUGUGAGCAGCCUGCCCUGUGCCUGCUCUGCACCACCCACGGCACCAGAAGGAAGAUGAGGAAAGGAUGGAGUGUGGAGAUGUGGCCUGAACUUCAGCAUCCAACUCUCCAAAUACCCGGAGGUGAGAGCAGGGCUCAAAGGUGCUGCCCUGCCCUGGGGACACAGAUCAGCUGCUUCUCCCUUCCACUGCUCUAGUUCUCCACUGAACAGUAGGGUGCAGGCAGGCUGUGAUCCUGGGAAACAGACUCUCCUCUGGCUAGGGAGGAGUGGUAGCUUGGCUGAACUUCAGGAUUCGCUUAUACUGUGCUGUCUGAGUCACCUUUUAGUCCCUAGGAUAAUCACCUGGAAGGCACAGGACAAAAGGAGCUGACCCAUGUGGGGCACAGCAAGUAAAUCAGCUCUGGAUGAUUUACUCCAGCUCAGGAAGCUGUGGAAGAGGAAUGAGUACCCUGAGCCCAGGGGGAAUCCUGGGUGUGUGUCAUGGACAGGCAGUGGGUUAGAGCCCAGCAAAGGGCCUGUGAGCACUGCCUGAGCCCUGCUGUUCACUGGGCUUUGCUUUGCAGUGCUGCUGCUGCAGCAGCUCCGAGCAGGGCUCUGGGAAGCUGCUCAGGUCAUGGAACGUGGAUUUGGAGCUGCCAAGUUGUCCAGGACUUGAGUGGUUUUGUGAGCAUUUAAUGUUGCUCAGCAAUCAGGUUCCUGUGAGUGCAGGAGGACUCAGAGUGCACCAACAGACCAGUCUGGUGACCUUUGGUGUAUUUUCUGGGAGAAAUAGGGGCUGAGCAGUGCUGGCUGUGGCUGCUGGAGGUGUUCUCUGCAGAUCAAAGGAGACACCACGCAGGAUCACGUGUAGUGUCUGUGCUGCAGGACCAGAUGGGUUCAUCUCUCACAGCCAUGGAAGAGUUGGUUCUGCAUGCCUGCAGUUCCUUGGAGCUGGAUGCUCCAUGGUGUGUUUGGACAGAAGGCAUUUUAACUCCAGCAUUCCUGUUCUGCUCUUCCCAAAGGAGCUGCUCAAUAAUGGAUACACAACAGUGUGAGCUACUCUGUGCUUCUGCUGUGUGAAAAUACAGGGAGGGAUCAUUUUGCUGCAAGCAAACAGAUUUUUAGGGAGCUGUAAGGACAUCCCAAGGGCAGGCAGAAUCCAAUGUCAUGAAGAAAAUCAAUUCUGCAUCACUCUUGGAGCCAUUUCUCUCCAGGGAGGCUUUGGAGAUGGCUGGAGUGGUUGGAGAUGGAAUGGAGGAUUGGCCACCUGCUUGGAGAAGAAAAGAGGUGUUUGCUAAGUAAUUUAAGAGUGGCUGAGGUAGAGAUUGCUUUGGGAUAAUCCCAAAUGGCCAAGCAGCAGUCUGGGAAGCAGGACUCGGAUAUAUCCUUAAAUAUCUGCUUGGAGCAGCUGCUUCACCUUGUCUGUCACUGCCAAGCUCCUGUUUCCCUCCUUUUUCCUCCUGUUUCCAUUUCCCACCCCGGGAGGGGGACAAGGCCCCAUCAGCCAGAGAUGAUGCAGCAGAGCCCUGUUACACUUGGUGACUUCCCACAUGUUCCUGGUGCUCUUGUUUGCUGUUGCUUCCUAAUUAAUUGUGUGGCUUCGGAGCUCCAGGACUGUGGUCUGUCAUUGAUUAAGGAUAAUAUAUAUAAAAUUUAUAUAUAAAUAUAAAAAAUAAGAGGCUUGGCUGAAGAGGAUCAUGGAGAACAAAUUAUCCAUUGCCAGCUCCAGGUUAGAGCAAAAGUCUAAAACAGUCCCUGUACACACUGGAUGUGGCACUGGAAGGAUGAGCUGACACUUCUCCAUUGCCAGGAAGCCCAAAUUCUCCCUGCUUUUAACCCCCAUCUCUGAAAUGAUGCAAAUGACUGAAUAUUCAGUCCUCCAGGUAAAAACAGUUUGUGAUUACUGCCAGUUUGGGAGCUGGUGCUUUGCUGGGCUGGUGCAGCGAUGAUUUGGGGUUGUCCAGCAGCAACAUCCCACUCUGUGUUGAGGUACAAAGAGCUGGGACACAGAGAGGGAAAGGAGGUUGACUUCUGAGCACUCUCAAGGCAGAGAGGAUUUGGGAACAGACCUAAGGAGUUUGAAUUGCAAAUUGGUUGUUUUACUCUCAAGAAUCCCCUUUCUUGUCUCAGAUAUGAGGGGUUUGAGCCCUUUCUCAUGCUCUCACUGGCUGGGCUUCAAAUUCCCAUUCUCUCCUUGGGAGAUGGUAGUGCAGCCUUAGAGCUGAGGGAAAGUGCCCAGGAGCAAAUAACCCCUCUCUGCAUCGUGUUGUUAAGGAGUAAAACAAAUCCAAUAAAAAGCUCAGCUUUUCCUUUUA